GAAAUAAGAUUCAACCCUCAUCCUAUUAUCAAGACGAGUCCAGCACCGGUGGCGGGAUUCUCAAUCACUCAUACAAUACCACAGCUUUCAGGCUGCGUUGAGAUCUUCCACACUGGUCGUAUACUAACUACCCUACACUCGACAAGCCGCGAUUUCAAGAGAACCAGAGAUCCAAUAAUCUCCCACCGACUCAAAAUGGCGCCCCCAAGCCCACUGGCCAUCGCAACACAAGCAGUCAAUCGCCUGGUCAAGGAAGAGUCGUACUAUCAUAAGGAGCAGGCCAACCAGGAAAAGCGCAUUAAGAAGCUGGCCGGGGACAUCGCGAACAACAGCCCGGACCUGGACAGCAACGCCGAGUACAUCUUGAAACAAGAGAGAAGGUCCCUGGAGGAGACCAAGGCCAUGUUUGAACCGCUCAGGAAACGCAUCGUCGAUGCCGUGGACAAGCUCGAAGAGCAGAUUGCCAUUUCCGAGAGCGAUGGUACCGGGUCCGAGGAGGAGCUGAAGAAGGCCAAGGAGGCGCUGGAGGCGGGGCAGAAAAUCGCUACGGAGGAGGAAGCGGCGCAGGAGCGACAUGAGGAGUUGUAGACUGGCAGAGAAUUAUGUGUAAUUCAGUCAACGGAGGCAGUGAACUCGUUGGCUAGCAAGCAAGCAAGCAGGCGACUCAAUGUUAAUUAGGUAUGCUACAUCUCGCUCCCAUCUGUUACACUUAAUGGCC